AAUGAGGAGAGACGCUCACAUCUGCCUGCGCACUCAGCGCAAACACACGCUGCGCAAACACGCGCUGAACCCGGGAUUCUUCGGCCUUUUUUUUCUUGGAUCGUUUCCUUUGAACCUUUGACGGAGUUGCAUCUUAACCUGAGGAAUUUGAAUUUCGCAAAUGAAAAGAAAAGAAAUGCUUUGCUUCCGUGACUCAGGAGAGUGUUUACGGGGUCACAUGCAGUACAUGAUGCGGUCUCUGCAGGACCUGAAGCAGCUGCGGAGGACAUGCCCCGCCCCCCGGUGCCCGCUCGCUCCCAUCGGCAACCGACUCCCAGAGCUGUCGCGUCACGCUGCAGUGGCGCGCGCCUGCCAGCAGCGGGCGCUGCAGCGCGAGCACCGCACGCGCCUGCGCAUGUCCAACGCCAGCACGGUCAGCACCUACGACUCCGCCUGCUGCCUGGCGAGUCACCUGGAGGAAGAGGAGGAGGAGGAUGACGACGACUCGAGUGGACUGGGUCUGAGCCUCAGACUGGACCUGGGUUCUCCCAGCAGUCAGAAGAGUCUGGAGUUCGAUUCGGGCUACUCUGAGGCGUCGUGGCAGGACGAAGGAGUCGUCCUGAGGAGGACGAGGAACGUGCGGGUGUCGUCUUCGGCGUGCCUGCGCACAAACCGAGCGCCGAGUGGUCGCGUCAGACCCAAGUCCACGUCCGACGCCUGUCUGGAAAGGUGGACGUCGUUGGAGGCCGGAGACCCGGAAGACUGGACCAACUCUUUACUGACGAGAGGACGCAACCGCCAGCCUCUGGUUCUGGGAGACAACAGUUUCGCCGACCUCAUUCAGAACUGGAUGGACCUGCCAGAUUGUCCCGAGGCCUCCAACCUGAAGACGAGCUCGAGGAGCAGACCGGGCAAAGGUUUCUUUGUCAACGUGAGGAGGAAACUGGCCGGAUUGUCCAAGAGCGUGGAGGAGCGAGUGAGGAUGAGAUCCACAGACGCCGCUCACGCUGUCCACAGAACUGCAAACGCGUCCAAGCGUCUGUCGUGUCCGGUCGUGGCGUCGCAGCCUAAAGUUCCCUUUUUCCACCAGUCGCACUCGGGCAUCAAUGAGCUGGACACAGACUUUUACCGCUUCGCUGCUCUCUUGAAGUCGGGCAGCCGACAGCCCAUAAUCUGCAAGGACAUCCUGGGCUACGUCUGAUCAGUAGAAGAAGAAUCUUCAGAGUCACUUUAUUUUUUAUACCACGCUUUAAAUCUCACCUUUUUGUACGCUGUGAAUAAACUAUUGGAAA